UUCUUUUAAAAAUGGAAUCUCAAACAACGAGGUGUCAAUCGGCCAGCUGAGAGACCUCUAGACAGGAAUACUGAUGCGACCAUCAGAAGAUACUUUGUCAUGAAUGUAGUGAUACAUUCCAUUUCCAAUGAAACACCCAGAGAAUAUCCAAACCUGAUGAGAUGAUUAGAAGCAUUGAGAUGCUUGAGAGAUUCACUCAGAUCCUCAAUGAAGAAGCCAGAAAUUAUGAAUUAUUAGAGCAAAUCAAAGGACUAAAGGACACCUUGAGUUGCAUCGAGAACACUAUCAGUAAAUUAAAGAGUGAAGCUGCAUCGGCUCUAGCAAGCGACCAUUUUCUCAAAUAUGAUAAACUAAAAUUGCAAGCUAGAGAGUUCAAGUCAGACAUUCUGAACUCUAAAUAUGGGAAUUCUGAAAGUGGUGUAAACAAGAUUUUUGAGUUAUUGUUUUAUUCUCAAUUGUUUAAAUGUUCAAAACCAGAAGAAAAGAAGAAUCUAGAAGGAAUACAGAAAAACAAAGAUACAAGGACAGACAAGCCACAAGAGGCACAAAUUAAUACAGACUCUCCUGCUACAGAUACACUUGGAAAUAAUGAAAAUGUUACACAAAAUUCUGAGAACAAUGAAGACUCUGAAACAAAUGUAAAGAAAGAUGAGCCAAACUCUGAAAAUGUUCAAGAGAUAAUACACAAACUGAAUGAGAGAGUCAAGUUUUUAGAGGAUAAAAGCAAGAAAGAUGAGUUUAUUAAAGAAGGACAGAUAAAAGAUCUUGAAGAAAUGAAGAAACAAAUGGAAAAGAUACAAGAUCAAAGCUCGAAGCAGAAAGAGGAUCAAAAAGAAAAGGAAAAGAAAGACUUAAUAGAACCAGGAUUUCUUACAAUAAAAGGAAAGUUUCCCAAAUACCAAUCUUUAUACAUUAACUAUUUUAAGGUUCAUAAUGAAUUUGAUCCAGAUACUUUUCUCUAUUUAAAUUUGGAUCGUGACUGUGAUAGAGACUUUCUUAUUGCUUUGGAAAAGCAAUGAGUUCAGCUACCUGAGAUAAAGGAAAUAUCAAUUGAUAAUAUAAAGAGAGAGCAUUUGAAUCAUCUAAACAACUUUUUAUUAAAAUCGAUUCCUGAAAAACUAAGCAUAUUUAGGCUAGAAAACUGUCAAAAGCAUGAAAUUUAUUAUUAUAAUAUUAGGAAAGAAUUGCUUAAUAUAUUACCUAGAGUCACUCAAGAAAUUUGAAUAGCAGGAUUAAGUUGCAAUCACAAAGACUGUAAAACAAUAAUAACCAAUUCUGUUAAAGCAAGAAGUUUAGAAUUUAAAUUUUGAAAGUUGCGUAAAGAAUCAGAUAACAAUAGAGAUGACGAAUUUGGAGAGGAAACUUCAGAGUUAAAAUACUUGUGCUUUAGAAAUUGUGAGAUGUCUUCUUCAGGAUGAAGUGGAAUAAUAAGUUACUACUUUAUGGAAGAGAUACUAAAGUUUAUUUUGAAAUCACCUAUAAAAGAUAAUCUUGAAACUCUAUCCGUUUACGACACUUUUGAUCAAAGAAAGAGCAUUGCUUCAAUACUAAAGAAUCUUCACCUGGAAAAUGUAAAAUUAAACAAGGAAUUAGGCGAGGAAUUAUACAGGGAAUUAGGAGAAGAAUUAGACGAAAUAUUAUAUGGUAACUGUUUAACUUUUAAUUUUCAAUAACAUGGUAGUAAAC